AUGGCCGAGGCCGGCCCUUCCUCCGGCCAGGACAUACCUUCAGUCGAAAUGGAAGAUCUGCCUAUGGGUACGUCAAGUGCUUCGAGCACAAUCUCCUACUACGAGAGCAUCUCUGACGAUCCCGGUGACGAUUCCGACCCAUAUAACCUGGUCCAGAGUCGCAAAAAACGCAAAGCUUCCAGCAGCUCCGAGACAAGUAAUAAGACCGUCAGAAACACGAAACAAGAACAUCCCCACCUUGUAGUGGUACUGAAGCCAAAAGAUCCAUCCAAAAUAAUCGCCACAAUCAAUCCGCUGAAAAUCACCGAGAAGCUAGAGAUGACUGCCCCAGAUGGAAUUAUCCUUGUCAGGCCAAACCGAAGGCUGAAUCUACUCGCUAUAGACACGAGAAACAGAGAUGCGACAAAAGCUUUGCUUGCACUGACCACCAUCGGAGGCAUCCCUGUCCAGGCCUACGAGCCUUUUCCCCGUGAAUCGGCCAUCGGAGUUGUAUACGGAGUACCGUCAGACAUAAACGACACGGAACUUCAGGUGGCUAUACGAGCUACGGCGCCUGUUAUCUCCGUUCGUCGGCUAGGCACGUCCCAAGUAGUUAAGGUUGUCCUCAACACAGACAUUUUGCCGGAAUACAUCACGAUUGGAUAUACAAGAUACAGGAUGGAACCGUUUGUAGAGAAACCUCGCCAAUGCUCGAAAUGCAAUGGGUUUGGACACAUUCGAACCGCGUGCACGAAAGAGUCACGUUGCACACGCUGUGGAGGACCACAUGAACGCACCGGCUGCAAUGCAGACAACCCCCUCUGCACGAACUGCGGCAAAGCUCAUGACUCGACAUCUCAUCUUUGUCCGGCAUACCAAAGAGAACAAAAGAUAUACAAGUACAAGAGCCAAGCUAAAGUUGGCUAUGCGUCCGCGAAAGCGGCGCUGCUCGCAUCGAAAGAACAACUGGCAGAAGAGACCCCUAAAACGACUGCGUCAAAGGAAAAGAAACCAUCUGCAGCUCAAGAACUCCCAACGAGCGAAGACUCCUCAUCAGCCAAGCAGUCCAACCUGAGACACCUGCAGAAAUACGCGAAGAAAAACACGAGUAGUCCCCCAAUCAAGUGGAACAUGUUCAGCAUAUGCCUUAUAGGCCUUCUGAAGGUACUCCCUGUUUCUGUGCAUGUAUCUUUAUACGCUGACGACAUAUGUUUCUGGUCAUCGAGCAAGUCUUUAUAUAUAAACAGAGCCAGGCUACAAAAAGCCCUCAACAUUGCCGCACGGUACCUUAGCAGCCGAGGCUUGUACAUAUCACCAGAGAAGUCUGCGGCGUUGGCGUUUACAAUGAAACAAACAUACAGAUACCCCAUUAACUUAGAAGGAAUCCCAAUCCCAUAUGUCUCCGAACAUGCAUUUUUGGGCGUGACUCUCGAUAGGCAAAUGACGUGGGGACCCCAUAUUAAACGGUUAAAGAAAAAGCUCACCUCGUUUACACAUAUAAUCAAAAUGAUCAGUGGAACCAGAUGGGGAUGCUCUGUAUCGGCGCUGAUGGCUCUGUAUAACGCUCUAUUUGUCGGUCUUAUGCGCUACAGUUUGCCAGUCAUGCAACGUGUCUCGCGGUCUUGUUUUAAAGAACUUGAAAGCGCGCAAGCUCAAGCACUUCGUGCCUGCUUUGGAUUGCCAAAAUGUACCUCCACCUCUGGAACUCUGGCGGAAUCUCGUGCGAAAUCUCCCGCAAUAUUAAGGACGCAAGAAACACUGCGAGCUCAUCUACGACACAAAACCAGAGUGUAUAAACACCACCUGGUGGACAUUGUCAAAUAUAGACCAUCAUCUGCCUUUGCGCAAGUUAUUAUGGUACUAGAAGACUAUAUGCCAAGUUCAAUUGAGGCAGCUGCGAUUCCACAAUAUCCACCUUGGAAGUACCCUCACUUGGAAAUAAGAACAAGCAUACCAGGAAUCACUAAAAAAAAUUCAGCUCCUUCCCCGGUAAUUACACAGAUAUCUCUCGAAUAUAUUCAAAGAACUUACGAGUCAUUUACUCAUAUCUACACCGAUGGUUCUACAAUUCCCACAUCUUCAGCCCUGGGGGUAUACAUUCCAUCCACAGCCACAUACAUAAAGGCUAAACUAAGCCACGCCACCUCAUCAACAGCGACAGAACUAGCAGCUAUUCGUGCAGCUGUUGUACACGCGGGCACUGAAAGCCCACGAUGUUGGGCAAUACUUGUCGACUCCAGAUCUGCGUUGUACGCUCUAUCUUUGAUAAGAAAAGACAACAUUAACUCACAACUAGUCCAUGAUAUUUUACAGGCUAUUCAGCAUGCAUCGAAUCAAGGACAUCACUUCAUCUUGCAGUGGAUACCGGGCCACUCCGGGAUAAUUGGAAACGUGUGCGCCGAUAGAGCCGCUAAAGACGCCCACGAGAGCACAAUUUCUGUAUCUAUUCCGUUUUCAAGAUCUGAUGCCAAUCAUUUAAUCAAAUCUAUCGGAAAUGAAAUCUCACUAUCUUUAUGGGAAAAUCCACAAUAUCACUAUUACAGCCUUCAUCGUAUUGAUCCUAAACUCGAAUUCCGGAUACCACGAGGACUACCAAGGAAACUUGAGACGGUGUUACAUCGUUUGCGGCUCAAUGUUGCAUAUACUAAAUAUUAUCUUCAUAAAAUUGGCAAAGCUGAAUCUUCCGAUUGUUCAUCGUGUAGAACAAUUCAUAACAUCGAACACGUCCUGUGUGCCUGCGGGGAUUACAGUAUUGAAAGGACCGCACUGAAGACUCGCCUGAAAUUAAAGGAAGAGGACCAGGUGGACUUGAAGCUUCUGUUUGGACCCUGGCCUUCCACUGCAGACAGUUACAAGGCCACUGAAGCUCUUUUACAUUUCAUUAAGAAGACACAUCUUCAACAAACACUUUAAGGAACUGCAGUCCAGUGUGCUGCAAAGUGA